AUGAUUUUUAAUAUAAUCUUAUUAUCAAACACACUGAGAUUAAACAAACAUUAUAUAUCAUAUUUUAACAAAGGAUUUUAUUCGACUAAAAUAAAGGGUGACAAAAAACACCAAAAGGACGUUAAAACAGAAUCUCCCGUUUCUGGAGAAGACGGAGAACAUUUGUUUAACAUUUAUGAAUCAAUUCCGGAAGAUCAUAAACUUCUUCCUGAUGAAGCUUAUCCUAAAUGGCUUUGGGAACUCGACACACCUGAUAAAACAUACGGAGAGUUGGUGCAGAUGUUUGUACAUGGAAAGGAUAUUGAAAACUCUAAAAUGGCAGAUUAUAACAGGUUCUGUAGAUUACAUAACCGAUACUUGAUCAAGCUGAACAACAUCAGACUUCAAAAAAGAAGGAAAAUUACAUUUGAUACUCACCUUUGGGAUGUUUAA